UGUCUAUAGAUUUAUAGAUGUGUAUGUUCAAUCGUGAACACAACUUUGCUCACGACCGACGGUGAACAGUUCCGGAUUCGAUUCAAUUCGGACGUAUUUUGUUUGCCGUCGUUGUUGAGCAAUUUACACACGUUUAUUCGUAAUCAUGGAUCACGUGUGUGCCGUGAUAUCGUGCAGGAAUAGCAAAUUGCGUACAAAAGAACAUGGCAUCAAAAUGCACAGGUUUCCUAGGGAUAUGCCUCGUCGUUAUCAAUGGUUAACGAACUGUAACAGAUUAGAUCUUCAUAACAAAAUUGCAAACAACUAUCGUGUCUGCGACAAACAUUUUACUUCUAAAAUGUAUACGAACUCUGAACAAACAUUUUUAUUGCCAACAGCUGUUCCUACCCAGUUCAAAGCAACUGCUGUUUUUACUGAUGCAUCUACAGUAAAAAGAAAAAAUGAUUUUCUUUUCAAGAAACUCGAUAGUUCUGGCAAACUGAAAAAAUCAAACAUUUCAAUUUCAAAAUCUUGUGAAAUGUCAUCAAACGGAAUCACAAUACCAGAAUGUAGUGAAACUUCUACUGUUACUUGCAGCCAAACAACACAGCUGCAAUCUGUUAACACACCUAAAAAGAAAAGUAUAAGUUCCUCAGUUCCUAAAUUGAAAAAUAAAUUCAAGACAAUAUCAGAAGCGUUUUUAUCAGCAUUUGAAGUUCUACAAUCCAGUUCCGAUUUUAUUGAAUACAAAUUUUUCAAAUCAAAAUAUUAUACUUCUACUGUUAUGGCAUCAUAUGAAGACAAAUUGAUAUCGAUGGACGGAAUCGAAGAUUUUCUCGAAAAAUCUACAUCCAAUUGCACUGAUAAAUCUACUACCAAAUGCCUUGAAGAAUCUAUGCCUGGAAGUCCUGAACCAGUUACAUGUGAAAAUCUUGACCAGUCAGUGUUUGAAUGUCUUGAAUCGAUUAUACGUAGAAGUCUUGAACAAUUAAUGUAUGAAAAUUGUAUAGAAUUUACAUUUGAAUGUCCUCAACAAUUUUUAUCUCAAAGUCCUAAACGACUUAUGCCCGAAAAUUCUGAACAAUCUACAUCUGAAAGUCCUCAACAAUUAACAUCUCAAAGUCCUGAACGACUUAUGCCCGAAAAUUCUGAACAAUCUACAUCUGAAAGUCCUCAACAAUUAACAUCUCAAAGUCCUAAACAAUUUAUGUCUGAAAGCCCUCUACAAUCUACAUCUGAAAGUCCUCAACAAUUAAUAUCUCAAAGUCCUAAACAAUUUAUGCCCGAAAAUUCUGAACAAUCUGCAUCUGAAAGUCUUCAACAGUCUUUAUCUAGAAGUUCUAAACAAUUUAUGCCUGGAAAUUCUGAACAAUCUACAUCUGAAAGUCUUCAACAAUCUAUAUCAAAAAGUCCUAAUCAAUUGUUGCCUGGAAAUGUUGAACAAUCUACAUCUGAAAGUCCUGAGAAAUCUACAUCUAGAAGUCCUAAAAAAUCUAUAUCUGAGUUUCCAGAAUCAGUUGCAUGUAAAAGUCCUGAAAAACUUAUAGUUGAAUGCCCUGUGCCAUCUACGUCCUCAGAAAAUUUAAAUUCUAUUCAGUGGGUUGUUGGAUACUUUGAAGAAGAAAAUGUUUAUUCGGUCAUUCCAAGCAAUUGGCUUUUAAAUGAAAAUGGUUGCUGGUUUUCUAAAUGGCCAAAUUCUUCAUAUAAAGCUACUAUAGAGGCUAGGAUUAUAAGUGCUUCCAAGCCUGCCAAGACAUGGAAGUACUAUGCAGUUAAAAUAAUUAAAAGAUAUGAUACUUAUAAUGAAGCAGAGAAAGAAACAUUUUUAUGUGUACCUAAUUCUGAUCAAACCAAUUUUGGCCGAGGUAAAAGAAAAAAAUUAAGUAAUAUUCGACAAAUUGAUUUUUUUGGAGAUGACAGUGACGAUGAAAUAAGUGAAACUGAUACCAGUAUGAAAAGUAAAGUCUAUUUGAAAAACAGUUCAUCUAUGGAACAAAAUUCUUCAAGUAAUGAUUCUUUAUUGGAUACCCAAAACACUAAAAUUUCUUCCAUCAAUAAAUUAACAACUAAUGAAAAAACUGUUAAUAUAAUGAAUGAUUCAUUAGUCUUAAAUAAGAACAAUACAAAUUCUGGCUCUUCUAUUAAUAAUACUGAGAGUGAUAAUAAAGCUAACGAAAAAACUGUUAAUAUAACGAAUAAUUCUUUAGUCCUAAAUAAGAACAAUACAAAUUCUGGCUCUUCUAUUAAUAAUACUGAGAGUGAUAAUAAAGAUUUGGCUUCGUUUCCUAGUUGUGUUUUUAAAUGUAUUUAUAGAAUAAAUGAAAAAUUAGAUAGUUUAAAUAAGUUAUUAAAUUCUGGAAGUUUGUUUGAAACACGACCGAAAACAUUAGACCAAGCAUUUUUAUCAUUAUUUCCUAUGAAAGACACUAAAGAUCUUUUAUCCAUUGAUUCAAGACUAACAUACUGUACUGAAUUUGAAGAGAAGUUUAUAUUUUACAUCAUGUCAUUAAAUUGUACAACUGUUAAAGAUUUUGUUAGACAAAACUUAAAUAGAUUGUUUACAAACAGUUUAGCAACCAGUUGUACUUGGUUUGGAUUCAAAGGAAAAUUUGAGCUUAAGAAGUUAAAAAUGCUGAAUAUUAUGAAUGAUGUAUCGAGUGCAAAAUUUAGUGGUCAUACAGAUAAUGUGUUCAAAUUAUUUGUUAAAGAGUGGUUCAAACACGGCAAAAAACGUUUUAAUCGAGAAUUGAAUAAAAAGUCUCGACCCAUUGUUUCUUCAUAGAUUAUUUGAAUUUUUGCGAUAUCAUUUUUCAUCUUCGAGUAACAACAAAAAGUCUUCUAUAAAUGAAUAAUGAUGCCAAUAUGUGCCAACAUAAAACUAAAUUAUUGUAGAUUCCUGAUAUUUGAAUCAAACUUGAGCCUUGAUUCUGCCAUUGUGAAAUAGAUGUUAUUAAUAUUUUAUUCUUAAUUUCUAGUGAGCAGAAAUCAAUUAAUGUGUAACAGUCAUUCAUUUAAUUUUAUCCACAUUAGAUUCUACUUUUAAAAUAGUGUUAAAAAAUUAUAUAC